AUGCACAAUUCAUCCCAACAUCACAUUAAAGCCUGUGCGGUGCUCGAAAUAUGGAAGAAAAAUAAAACCAUCGAUAAAAAAGCUGAAGAUGAAAUACGAUAUAGGGCAUCAUUUUGGCAGAUGGUGCUAGAACGAUUAUUCCGCAUAACACUUAUGUUAUCAACAAAUUCUUUGGCAUUUCGUGGUCACCUUGAAGGAUUUACUGAGGAUUAUAAUGGAAACUUUUUAUCACAAGUUCAAUUACUUUUUAACUACGACAGUGUCAUGAAACAAAUUUUAGAAAUGCCAUCUGGUUCAAUCCGAUACUUAAGUCCGAUCACACAGAAUGAACUAAUAUAUUGCCUAGGAAAAAAGUUAUUGAAUGACUUGAUUGCAAAUAGAUUUUAUGAAUUGAAGGACCAUUCAGCUGAGGGAAUGACUAAUCAAGUAUUGACGUUAUUGAAAGAAGCACAUAUUCCAGUUGAAAAGUGUUAUGGGCAGGGUUACGAUGGUGCUAACGUUAUGAGUGGAGUUUACAGUGGUGUACAAACCAGGAUUAAACAAAUCCAACCAAAUGCUGAAAAUAGCAUAAAAAUAUGGGACCUCUUCUCUAUAUUUACUGGGGAGUCUGAAGUUACAUUGAAAAAACUAAAUCCAACUCGAUGGUCUGGUAGACUACAAUCAUUAACAGCUGUAAAAGUUCGAUUUAUGGAUAUUUUAAAGGCUUUGACUGAAAUAAUCCUUAAAUCGAUCAAAAAAGAAGAAAGAGAUGAAGCACUUUGA